AGACAAAAAUAAUCCCAGCUAACUAGCUAAGAAGAAUCUUGUAGAAGAUUUCGCUUCAACGGAGAAAAUGAAGUGCGCUUUAAUGGAGGGACGACGGCAGGGGGUGGUGGUGGCUAGGGUUUUGGGGUGGGCAGGGGGCUUGACGGCAGGAGGUGGUGGUGGCUAGGGUUUUGGGGUGGGCAGGGGGCCACCUAUGAUGAGUUCCAUUUUUUUUUUUUAGUUUGGAAUUUUUGUAAUUUCUUUUUAUUUAAUUUUUUUUUAAAAAACGGACCAAUCAGAAAGUGACACUUGACAAGUGGUGAGGUCCACUAACGACUGUCAGUCAUUAAUGACACUCGAUGAAUUUUGUUAAAACUCGAUGACAUUUGGUGAAUUUUGAAAAGUCGAAUGACAUUCAGUGAAUUUCUUUCCUCAGUCCUCACCUCUUCCCCUUCAAUCACUUAAACCUUUGAAUUAUGAAUGAAUUUCUGGACUCAAUCUAACACUUACCCAGAAUUUUAAACUAUGAAAUCCUUCAAACCCCACCUCACUUCACUCUUCUUCUUCUUCCUCCUCUCUUUCUUUCUCAUUUUCACCUCUGUUUCCUCCUGGAAAAAGGAUGAAUUUCGCAAUUGCAAUCAAACCCCAUUUUGCAAUCGAGCUCGUUCUCGAAAACCCAACUCCUGUUCUCUAAUCGCUGUUGAUGUGAAAAUUUCUGAUGGCGAUCUCGUCGCUAAGUUAAUCCCUAAAAACCCACCUCAAAUUGAUCAUAAUUCCACAGAUUCUUCGAAUCAGGAAAAUGGGGUUGAAGAUCUUGUCCAAAAACCCUUGAUUUUGAGGUUUUCAGCUUACCAAGAUGGGGUUUUGAGGGUUAAGAUUGAUGAAGAUCAAACCCUAAACCCUCCCAAGAAGCGUUUUGAAGUUCCGAGUGUGAUUGAGAGUGAUUUUCUGGAGAAAAAGCUCUGGUUACAGCGGUAUUCUGAGGAGAAAAUUGAUGGAGAUUCUGGGGUUUCUUCAAUUGUUGUUUAUUUGGCUGAUGGGUAUGAAGCCAUUCUUCGAAGGGACCCGUUCGAGGUCUUUGUGAGAGACAAAAAUGGAGGUAACCGUGUAAUUUCUAUUAAUUCGCACGGGUUGUUUGAUUUUGAGCAAUUGAGGGUGAAAAAAAAUGAGGGGGAUAAUUGGGAAGAAAAUUUUAGGAGUCAUACUGAUACAAGACCUUAUGGUCCUCAAUCUAUUAGUUUUGAUGUUUCAUUUUAUGAUGCUGAUUUUGUUUAUGGUAUUCCUGAACAUGCUACUAGUCUUGCACUUAAGCCUACUAGAGGCCCCGGUAUUGAAUUUUCUGAACCUUAUAGGCUUUUCAAUUUGGAUGUGUUUGAGUAUCUUCAUGAGUCGCCUUUUGGGUUGUAUGGAUCAAUACCGUUCAUGCUUGCUCAUGGUAAGGCCCGGGGAACUUCUGGUUUCUUUUGGUUGAAUGCUGCUGAAAUGCAGAUUGAUGUUCUUGGGGACGGUUGGGAUGCUGGGGAAUCCAGGCUUUCGUUGCCCUCAGAGCAGAAGAGGAUUGAUACAUUGUGGAUGAGUGAGGCUGGUAUUAUUGAUGCAUUUUUCUUUGUGGGUCCUGGGCCGAAAGAUGUAGUUAGGCAGUAUGUGUCUGUUACGGGGAUGCCUGCAAUGCCGCAGCAUUUUGCUACAGCUUAUCACCAAUGUAGGUGGAACUAUAGGGAUGAGGAGGAUGUUUAUCAUGUUGAUUCAAAGUUUGAUGAGUAUGAUAUUCCAUAUGAUGUUUUAUGGCUUGAUAUUGAACAUACUGAUGGAAAGAAGUACUUUACGUGGGAUAGGAUGCUUUUUCCGAAUCCAGAAGAGAUGCAGAACAAGUUGGCUGGCAAGGGGAGGCGGAUGGUUACUAUUGUUGACCCACACAUAAAGCGGGACGAAUCCUACUAUAUUCACAAAGAAGCCUCAGAGAAAGGGCAUUAUGUUAAGGAUGCAACUGGGAAGGAUUAUGAUGGGUGGUGCUGGCCUGGUUCCUCCUCAUACCUGGAUAUGUUGAGUCCAGAGGUUAGGGAAUGGUGGGCAGAAAAAUUCUCCUACAAGAACUAUGUUGGAUCAACACCCUCAUUAUAUAUUUGGAAUGACAUGAAUGAGCCAUCCGUGUUCAAUGGACCUGAGGUUACAAUGCCUAGAGAUGCACUGCAUGUUGGAGGUGUUGAACACAGGGAGCUGCAUAAUUCAUACGGCUAUUAUUUCCACAUGGGCACAGCUGGUGGACUUGUGAAGCGAGGUGAGGGGAAGGAUAGACCCUUUGUAUUGUCAAGAGCAUUCUUUGCUGGCAGUCAAAGAUACGGAGCUGUUUGGACUGGAGAUAAUACAGCUGAAUGGGAGCAACUAAGGGUUUCAGUUCCGAUGGUUUUGGCCAUGGGACUGACAGGAAUAACUUUUUCUGGUGCUGAUAUUGGUGGGUUCUUUGGUAACCCUGAACCUGAGUUGCUGGUGCGCUGGUAUCAAUUGGGUGCUUACUAUCCUUUCUUCCGUGGGCAUGCUCAUCAUGACACAAAAAGAAGGGAACCGUGGUUGUUUGGAGAGCGUAACACAGAACGCAUGAGGGAUGCAAUUCGUAUUCGUUAUAUGUUGCUCCCAUAUUUUUACACAUUAUUUAGAGAGUCAAACACAACAGGUGCUCCAGUUAUGCGUCCUCUGUGGAUGGAAUUCCCUUCUGAUGAAGCUACCUUCAACAAUGAUGAGGCAUUUAUGGUUGGCAACAGUAUUUUGGUGCAAGGAGUGUACACUGAGCAAACUAAGCAUGAAUCAGUGUAUCUUCCUGGAGAUCAAUACUGGUAUGAUAUGAGAACAGGAGCCGCAUACAAGGGAGGUGUGAUCCAUAAAUUGGAAGUGUCUGAUGAUGGCGUUCCAGCUUUCCAAAGAGCAGGUACCAUCAUCCCCAGGAAGGACCGUUAUCGCCGAAGUUCCACGCAGAUGGUGAAUGAUCCAUAUACAUUGGUAAUAGCUCUCAAUAGUUCUCAAUCAGCUGAAGGAGAACUUUAUGUCGACGAUGGCAAGAGUUUUGAAUUUCAGCGUGGUGCCUAUAUUCAUCGCCGGUUCAUUUUUACUGAUGGCAAGCUUACUUCUUUGAACUUGGCACCCUCAAGCAAUGAUGGAAGAUUAUUUUCAACAGAAUGUGUAAUUGAAAGGAUUAUACUUUUGGGGCACAAUGCUCGACCAAAAAGUGCCCUCAUUGAGCCUUUUAAAAAAGAGGCUGAAAUCGAGAUGGGGCCACUUCGGGUUCAACAGUCUCAGACGACUUCCGUUCUGACAAUUCGCAAACCUAAUGUUCGUAUAUCUGAUGACUGGACAAUACAAAUCCUGUGAGCUCCUGUGAACCUCAUUGUAUGGUGAAGCACCAUCUGAGGCUUCACUUGUGAUGUAAGCUCGGCUCGUUGUACAAAAGUUUUGAGGUUAUGAAGCACCAUUCUAAAGAUAAGUGAGGUACAUGUUUUUAGGUUUGACAUGCUGAAAUAGCAAAAGAGCCGUACCUUUCGAAGCUACAAUGCCAAUGGUAUGAAAUAAUAAUUUAAUACCCAUUCAGUCUUUAGUGUUUAAACCUAUCUUGGUUUAUCUAGUGUUCUUUACAUUUGUAGGACAAUUUUGUUUUGUAAUGGCAAAAGAUAAUAUAUCGGAAUAUUUGAUUCGGUAUGUAUUGAUUAGCCUUGCCAUAUAAACGCUACCCAUCAUUGUCAAUUUUUAACUUGUUUUUGAAGUGACUAGAAGUUGACAAGUUGUCUCAUUUUUCCUCGUGAAUCAUAAGAAUUUUACCUUGUUU